CAGGAACCGGAAAGGGGAGAGCUGAAGAAGGUCUCACUCAGUCCAGGUGUCUGAGUGUCCGGAGGCAGAAAUGCAGACCACUAAAGUAGAGCGCAGGGUAGACCUGCAGGUGCCAGGGGAAGAUGCAAGCCUGUGCAAUUCUGGGGCUGGCCCUCUGCCUCCUGCUGGGGCCACUUGCAGGGGCCAAGCCUGUCCAGGAGCAGGGAGACCCCUAUGCAGAGCUGCCAGCCAUGCCCUACUGGCCUUUCUCCACUUCUGACUUCUGGAACUACGUGGAAUACUUCCAGACCCUGGGGGCCUACCCCCAGCUGGAGGACAUGGCCCGUACCUUCUUUGCUCACUUCCCCCUGGGGACCACCCUGGGCUUCCAUGUUCCCUAUCAGGAGGACUGAGCAGCGUCCAGCCUGGGGCCUGCCUUCCCUACCAGUCUGUACUUGGCCAGGCCU